AUGGCUUCGAAUAAUCUUCCCAGGGCUUUCACCAAUGCAGACGAUGAGAAAGAAGUCGUAGGUCUUGAUGAGCAUGCCCCUUCCCCAGAUUUACCUCCAAACCCAGAUGCGGAUUUGAGCGACGAAGAAAAGGCUGAGAUCGACCGUAAGCUGGUACGAAAGCUUGAUUGGACUUUGAUACCAUGGCUAUGUGUUCUCUACCUACUCGCUUUCCUUGAUCGCACGAACAUUGGAAAUGCGAAGAUUGGUGGCUUGCAAAAAGACAUGAAUAACAUGUCGACGGGCAAAUAUAAUGCCGUACUAUCCAUCUUCUUCAUUUCGUAUGCACUCUUUGAGCCUGUUACCAAUGCAUUGCUCAAGAGAUUUCGCCUAUCUGUAUUCGUGCUAAUUAUCAUUAUUGCAUGGGGCUUGUGCAUGACGUUCAUGGGAUUUGUCGAGAACUGUUACUAUCUAUCCUGCUGGUACAAGAGAUCCGAGUUCGGUGUUCGAGUUGCGAUUUUCUUCUCCGCGGCUGCUGUAUCUGGUAGCUUUGGUGGACUCCUCGCCGCGGCGAUAGUGAAGAUGGAAGGUAUUGGUGGUCUCCACGGAUGGGCUUGGAUUUUUAUCCUGGAAGGAAUUAUCACAGUCCUGGCUGGAGUCGUUUCGUUCUGGCUGGUGCACGAUUUCCCUGAAAAAGCUAAAUUCCUCUCCGAAGUCGAGCGAAAUAGAGUCAUCCGCCGUCUAACAGCCAAUCAACAAUCCGCAGGCCACGAAGAACUCAGCGCAAAUUCUUUCUGGCAAGCAGUCAAAGAUUACAAGAUGUGGCUGGGUAUGAUCAUUUAUAUGGGUUGUUGUAUGCCCCUAUACGCAUUUUCGCUGUUCCUCCCUACCAUCAUCACUCAGCUUGGCUACACAACAACUAGAGCCCAGCUCCUGUCAGUUCCACCAUAUGUCGCUGCCGCUAUCUUGACAGUCGUGAUAGGAUUCAUCGCCGAUCGUACCCGUCAACGAGGCCUCUGCAAUAUUGCCGUGUCCUUUCUUGGUAUCGCCGGCUUCGCCAUGCUACUAUGUAGCCAGGAACCUGGUAUUAAAUAUGCCGGGACUUUCCUUGGAGCCCUCGGUAUCUAUCCUUGUAUUGCUAACACUAUCUCCUGGAUCUCCAACAACAUCGAAGGCUCUUACAAGCGAGGCGUUGUCCUAGGAUUUGUGAUUGGAUGGGGCCACGCUGUUGUGAUGGCUUUUAUGAUCCUUUUUCUUUUGGGUGGAAGUACCUUACUACAUUUGUUAUUGAGAAGAGAAAAUAGCAAGAGAAUCAAGGGUGAGAGAGAUGUUUGGUUCCAGGGGCUCAAUGAGAGUGAGAAGGUGGCUUUGGGGGAUAAGAGACCGGAUUUCUUGUAUACUUUCUGCUGGGAAUCUGCCACGAUGAGUAGACCAAACUCAACUCCAGGAAAGACCCAGAAGUCAAUAUCCAGCUUCUUUACUCCAAGAUCUAGUCAAAAACCUCAAGAUCCAAGUCCGCCACCUGCUUCCAAUGCCCCAGGAAACCUUUAUGAUGCUGAGAGCGACCAGAAAAUUAAUGAGACUACGAAUACCACUGGAAAUAGCUCGAAACGGGUAUUGGAAGAAGAUUUAAAUGGGGGAAACACUGGAGCAAAAGAAAGAUCAUCUAAACGAGCAAAGAAUGUUGAUGUUGAGGAGGAAGAUGGCGAAAGCUCUACUCUGCCAGCUGCCAAUGCUCGAAAGCCACCGUCUAGCUCAACACUAGGCAAGUCUAAGCUCUCUCCGCGAACGAAUAAAUAUAUGUUUUCGAGCUCAAGUCAAUUGGCAGCUGCGGAUCCUACGAUUGAGGAGGAACCUGAAGACGAGUCAGAGAAAUCACGGAAGGCCGAAUUACACAAGAAGUUUGUCAAGAAAUUGGGACAUCCAGAUAGUAUCAGCCGGAAUAUUCCUGAGGAUAAUGCAGCUUUAGAAGGUGGCGACGAAGAAGAAGGAGAGGAUGAAGAAGAAGCACCUGCGCCUGUGAAGGCCAAGAAGAAGGGCGCAAAGACGGGCAAAUUAACUCCAAUGGAGUUGCAAGUCAUCGAAAUUAAGCGCAAACACAUGGAUACAUUGUUGAUUGUGGAAGUUGGCUAUAAGUUCAAAUUCUUUGGUGAAGAUGCAAGAACGGCAGCAAAAGUGCUCAGCAUUGUGUGCAUACCGGGUAAGUUUCGAUUUGACGAACAUCCUUCAGAGGCACAUCUUAACUACUUUGCAUCUGCAAGUAUUCCCGUUCAUCGACUCCCCGUCCACGCAAAGAGGCUCGUCGCUGCAGGUCACAAAAUUGGUAUUGUUCGACAAACGGAAACAGCUGCAUUAAAGAAGGCUGGAGACAAUCGGAAUGCCCCUUUUGUUAGGAAGCUCACCAAUGUCUAUACUAAAGGCACAUAUAUCGAUGAUAUUGAGGGAUUAGACUCAACCGAUGCACCGUCCGGUGGUGCCCCUGCAACAGGUUAUCUUCUCUGUAUAACGGAGACGAAGGCUAAAGGAUGGGGAACGGAUGAGAAAGUUGAGGUUGGUAUACUGGCUGUUCAACCUGCUACUGGAGAUGUUAUUUACGAUAACUUCGAAGAUGGUUUCAUGCGGGGUGAAAUCGAGACACGAUUACUACAUAUUGCCCCUUGCGAAUUUCUCAUAGUUGGGGAACUCACAAAAGCUACUGAUAAGCUUGUACAGCAUCUUUCAGGGAGUACCACCAAUGUAUUUGGCGAUAGAAUUAGAGUUGAGCGUGUGGAAAAGCCAAAAACCAUGGCUGCCGAGUCGUAUUCUCAUGUGGCCCAGUUUUAUGCGGACAAAUUGAAAGCUCACCAGAGCAGCAAGAAUCAGCGAGAGCAAGAACUAUUAGAGAAAGUUUUGAAACUUACCGAGCCGGUUACUAUUUGUCUGUCUGCUAUGAUCACUCAUAUGACUGAGUAUGGGUUGGAGCAUGUGUUUGACCUUACCAAAUACUUUCAGUCGUUUAGUGCUCGGUCUCACAUGCUGUUAAAUGGAAACACUCUGACAAGUCUCGAGAUUUAUACCAAUCAAACAGACCACACCGAAAAAGGAAGUCUAUUCUGGACUCUCGACAAAACACAAACAAAAUUUGGCCAGAGACUGCUAAGAAAGUGGGUUGGUAGACCUCUUCUAGACAAGCAGCGAUUGGAAGAGAGAGUUGCCGCAGUGGAAGAACUGAAGGAUAAUGUCAAUACCCCAAAAGUAGACAAAUUAAAUGCCACCCUUCGAGAAGUCAGAUCAGAUCUGGAGCGAAACUUACUUCGCAUAUACUAUGGCAAAUGCACUCGACCAGAACUUCUCACUGUUCUCCAGACCAUGCAAAGAAUCGCCAACGAAUUUGCGCACGUCAAACAACCUAUCGAUGCCGGCUUCGAGUCGGUCCUACUUAAUGAAGCCGUAGCAUCUCUCCCCGCAAUCGGUGAAAUCAUAAUAUCCUUCCUCGACAAGAUCAACGCCCAAGCCGCCCGCAAAGACGACAAAUACGCAUUUUUCCUCGAAGAUUACGAAACCGAAGAAAUUGGGGAACACAAAUGCGGCAUAGGAGCCGUAGAACAAGAUCUCGAGGACCACCGCACUGUCGCCGCCACCAAACUCUCCAAGAAAACCCCCGUCACCUACGUCACCAUCGCCGGCAUCGAAUACCUCAUCGAAGUCCCCAACAGCGACCUCAAGAACGUACCCGCUUCGUGGGCCAAAAUCUCCGGCACCAAAAAGCACUCCCGAUUCCACACCCCCGAAGUCAUCAAAUUCCUCCGCGAACGCGACCAACACAAAGAAUCGCUCUCCUCCGCCUGCGACACCGCAUUCUCUACAUUCCUCUCCGAAAUCUCCACCCACUAUGCCCUCAUCCGGGACACCAUCUCGCACCUCGCCACCCUCGACUGUCUCCUCUCCCUCGCAGCCGUAGCUUCGCUCCCCGGCUACUGCAAACCCACCUUCACCACCGACACCGAAAUCUCCGUCAUCAAUGGCCGACACCCCAUGGUUGAACAACUCCUCCCCUCAACCUACAUCCCCAACAACACCACACUCUCCACAUCUCCCGACCAGACCCGCGCCCUGCUCAUCACAGGCCCCAACAUGGGCGGUAAAUCCUCGUACGUGCGCCACGUAGCCCUAAUAAGCAUCCUCGCGCAAAUCGGCUCCUACGUGCCCGCCGACUCCGCCCGCCUGGGCCUCCUAGAUGGCAUAUACACGCGCAUGGGCGCGUACGAUUCUUUAUUCACGGCACAAUCUACAUUCAUGGUCGAGCUGUCCGAAACGGCAGCGAUACUCAAAUCAGCAGGUCCGAGAUCCCUAGUGAUAUUAGAUGAGUUGGGACGAGGAACGAGUACGCAUGAUGGCGUGGCGAUAGCAGAAGCGGUGUUGGAUUGGGUGGUGAGGGAGACGAAGUGUUUGUGUUUGUUUAUUACACAUUAUCAAACGUUAGCGGGUGUGGCGAGAGGGUUCGAGAAGGGUAAGGAGUUGAGGAAUGUGCAUAUGAAGUUUACCGCCGAGAAGAAUGGAAGGCGAGUUUCUAAUGCUGAUACGGUUAAGGAUAGUGAAGAUGUUGAUGAGGAGAUCACAUUUCUGUAUGAAGUCGGUGAAGGGGUUGCACAUAGAUCUUAUGGCUUGAAUGUGGCUCGGUUGGCACGAAUCCCGAAGGCUGUACUCGAUACUGCUGCAUUUAAAUCACGGGAGUUGGAGAUGGACGUGAAACAGAAAAAGCUAUUGGGACUAUCUAAAAUGAUUUCGAAUGUACUAGAGAAUGGUGCCGAUCAGCUAGACCAGCUUUUCAUCGGUAUGGAGCAGCUGUAA